AUGAAAAAAAUCUCCAUCUUCCCACUCUCCCUUUAUUUUCUUCUUAUUUAUUUUUUUCGCUUUUUUAGGUUUCUGCUGGGUCCCAAAACCUGCCAUGCCCAGCAAUCUAACCUUUACUUCUGCUUGUUAUUAAAUCUUACCCCAUUACUUUUCACUCCCUCAAAUUCUUCCCUCCCUCUUGGGUCUUUUCUCUGCAAUCUUAUUUCUUCUUCUCUGCUCUUUUCCUUUAUGUUUUUUUCACAUGGCGGAGGUUUUAGACGACGGUGAGCUCUGCCUUCCUCCUCGAUUUUUAACUGACGACGACCUGUUCAUGGACAAGGGUGAAGUUAAGAGUACUAACCACAAGGAUCUGGAGAAUGAGUUUAGGUUGGACCUUGAUGGUUCCAACAAGCCUUUGUUCACCUAUGAGUUCGCUCACGGGUUUGGGUCUCUUGGUUUCGCUUCGGAUCCAAGUUCUCCGGUUGACUCAGUGGUGGGUUCUACUGAGACAGAGAGUGACGAAGAGGAUUAUCUCGUUGGGUUAACUCGUCAAAUGGCUCACUCUACUCUCGACGACGGUGUUCCCCGAAACGGCCGUACUUUUGCUUCUGAAAACCCUAAGGGUUGGGGUUUUUCAAGUUCGCCGCAAUCUACCUUAUGUCCGUUGAAGAGCGGAUGCGGUUGCAUGCAAGGGUCUAGCCGUGGGGUCUCUACUUUUCCGUCUCGAAUUUCGUCGCCGCCGGGAAUAUCUGAUCUGCUGUAUACGGCGGCAGAGGAAGUUGCUAGAAUGCGAAUGACGGAAGAAGCUUACAGUGGGCUCAACAACAGAGGCCCUUUACGUUCACCGGGGGCAAUGUUCUCUCAGAACGUCGAUUUUCCUGGCUUGUACCCAUCUCCUCAGUCACUUUCUCACCAGAAGCUGCAGGCCGCUCGAUUUCAGAUUCUGAAGCAACAUCUGCUAAUGAAACAACAAAAGAAACAACAGCAGCCGCACUACCAUCCCCAUGUUGUCCAAAGCAGAGUGAGGAGUAAGAAUGGUGCUAAUAGGCCUAUGGGUUUGUUUCCCUCUGGAUGGUCCCCUCUGCAGCAGCAAAACCAGAAGCCAAACGGGUCGGGUAUGCGGACUGUUUUCUUGAGCAAUCCAACUGGCAAAAGGGAAUGUGCUGGAACUGGUGUCUUCUUCCCUCGCCGUAUUGGUGCACCUCCUGAACCCCGCAAGAAGCCAGCUGCUUCUCCUACUGCUCUGCUUCCCGCUAGAGUGGUUCAGGCCUUGAACUUGAACCUCGAUGGGAUUGGCGCUCAACCCCAGCUUCAUCCUCCGUUGAACCCAAAUUCUACUGCUGACACUGAUGCUGCUUUGAAACUUCGAAGUCGUGGGAACGUGUUAGGCAACCAAAAGCAACGCAAUUUCAGGCAACAAGGAGUGAAUCAUGAAGUAGGGUUACCUCUGGAAUGGACGUAUUGACUCAACUUUAGCAUAUCUGCUAGUGGUUGACUAAUUCUCUCUGGGUUUUUUUUGGGAGUUAUUAGGAAGAAGGGAGAAAGAUGUUAGGGUUUGGUUAUAGUGAAAUAGUAUAGAAAGUAUAGGUUUUUAAGAAAGAAAAUCUCUGGGUUAUCAAGAAGAAUAUGAAAUGGUUAUUUUGGUGAAAAAUAAUGUAAGGUCUAGUUUAUGAAGCACAGCUUUUGCUUGGGGCCAAGGGGAAAGCACAUAAAGUUUAGGCUUUUGUAAAUCUGGGAUUUGGGUCAAUAAGUUGACAGUGAAAAUGUUCAAUGAAAUGAAUGGGAACAGUAUUUUGUCCA